AUGGAUAUCGGAAAUGAGAUGCUGAAGAGCACUGAAGCCAACCAUAUGAGCCAUCUCAAUACUGCCACGUUUGAUUCAAUUUAUUCACUUCCUUAUCCCAGCGGCUUUACAUUUAUUCCCAUAAUAGUCAACAGUCGGAAAUUAGCUCCUGAGAACACAACAAGAACACCAUCUCGUAAAGAGAACUAUAACAUCAACGAACCAUAUACUAUUACGGUUGAAACGCAGCUGGGAAGGAUCAUGGAUCCCACUCCAGUUAACGCAGCACCCCAGGUCACUCAGACAGCACCUGUUCAUGGAUCCCAAGCUCUCCCUGGCUUCGAAUUGCCUGACGAGAAUAAAGAUGCCAGAAUAUUUGGUCCCGUCUUGUCUACAGGUCUCCUCGCUCUCGUCAUCAUAUGUAUGAGAUGCUAUGUUCGUUUCAAGGUGCUCCGAACCUCUUGGUGGGAUGAUUACUUUAUCAUCGGUGCGAUGGUAAGUUAUUUCAACCGGGUGAUUGAGUUAGGAAUUGACAUUACCCAGUUUCUCGCUCUCUGUGGUAUGGGUCUACAUAUUGCGGAAAACAUGAUGGGAUUCGGUCAUCACACGUACUACAUCUACGCGAAGCAUGGCGGACAAAAGGGUCUCAAGCUCGGCUUGGAACUUGGUCUUGCGAGUCAGUUCGUCUGGAUCAUUGCAAUUAUGUUGGUCAAAUUGAGUGUCGGAAUGUUCUUGCUACGAUGGACUCGCAUGACAAAUUGGCAAAGCUAUAAAGUGUUCAUCUACUUUGUAAUGACCUUUAUCUUUGCGUAUACAUUCAUUGUCAUAGGUAUGUUUAUUUCUUGAGAUCUAGACAAGGAAUACAUCAAAGUGUCUUGCAAAUACUGAUUGAAUUGGAACAGGAGCUUUACUUUCGCAAUGUACUCCUAUCGUCUAUGUCAAAAAUGGAAUUGUUACUGGAUCUUGUUACGCGAAACAUGCUUCGGCAGUAUUUGCCUACAUGCAAGCAGGUAAGCAUUCCACCCGUAAUUCAAUCAACACUUUCAGACUAACUUUUAUACCCAAGUCUGUAAUGUUAUCACUGAUUUUGCUUUUGCUUUUCUUCCCAUCACGCUUCUUUUCAAGCUCAAAAUGUCGAAAAAGCACAAGGUAGCACUCGUAGUUGUUAUCAUUCUAGGCAUUCUGUAAGUCAUUCCUCCCUCUUUAGUGAUUCCUCGGCUAAUCACGACGAAAGUGCCUCUGUAUGCUCUGCUGUCCGGUUGAAGUUUCUCGAAGCUUACGAGCCAGGCGAUGACUACGAGGCCGCUCGCAAGCACUCCAAUGCCCCUGAUGGAAGGUUCAUACUCCUAACUUCUCAAUCUUUUCUCUUCUCGUCAUUAUUCCACCAGCAAGCUAACAGUUAUCCGCUAUUCAGUUGGACAGGCGUAGAUUUAGUUAUCUGGGUAAUGGUGGAAUGCCACCUCGCCAUGAUCGCUGCCUCAAUCCCCACCCUUCGCCCCAUUUUCAAAUACUUCGUCGCCGUCCCCCUGAAAUCUGCUCGCACCACACGAACCCGUCGCCACUUCGCCUACACCACCCGUAUCGAACUAGACAACAACCCCCGCCGUCGCUCCAUGCGAUCAAACGGUUCAUACCGCUCCAUCGGCCGGUCAAUGGACCGUUCCGAGACCCGUUCCAUAACUCGUUCUGCCAAUCGAAGUCGGUGUUUCUAUAGUACCGGAGGCAGUCGUUAUGAGGCCGUUGUCACGUCUCGGGAUAGGCAAUUGAAGGACGAGAAGACGUCUCUGUGUGAGUUGACGGAUGAGGACGCGGCGUACCAUUAUCCGAGACAUCUUGAUGGGACGGUGGACGUUGGGGUGAUUGCGGUUCAUACGGAACUGAUUUUUACUGUGGAGGAUCGGGAUGAAUGGGAGGAUGUUGAGCGGGCGAGGAGCCUUGGGAGGAGUUGUGCGCAUGGCAAGUAUUGA